UACAUUGACAUUUUGAUAGUUGCGUCCAGUUUACGCCUUUAGGAAGUACAGAACAAAGCUUUUAGAUUUUCAUAUCCGCCGCGGCUAUUUCAAUUCCGAAAAACCCUACGGUGCGUAGUAUCAACGCCUACUUCGAAUCAGUGCAUUCAAGACCCCAUCCCCAAGAAUCACUUUUCUUCCUUCAAUUAACUGUGAUUAGAGACCGGCGGCUACCCAUGCUAGCUACGAGGACAAAGGUGACUACCACAGUACCAUCCUAUUUUAAUUGUUGCGGAACUUGAACAGGCUGAAAAGAGAAGAAAGGCGCGAUGAGCAGUCAAGGUGUGUGGGAGCAUUUGCCUCUUUUGUUGAGAGCCAACUCCAAAGAAUCGGUGGAAUACAUACUUCAAGCCCUGUGGAGGACUCGCAAGACAGGUCUCGACGCCGCAGACCGCCAAAUUAUCCGGGAAAUGCUCGAGCUCCCCACUGAUUCCGACCUUGACCCUCUUUUGGUGUGCCUGCGCAUUUUGAUGCGUAGAUGCGUGUUUGCGGAGGUAGGGAAGGAUGAAAUUCAGAAGCUGUUUCCGGAUGGGGUCCUGCCUGAGUUGCAGAGAUUGCUUACACUUCUGUUCCAAAAAAUUCAAAAGGAGUGGCGAGAAGAUGCCGUAAAUGAUCGGCGGCAAGCUUGCCCCAUUUAGAGAUGAUUACUUGGAGGAGGGGGGUGGGGGGCUGAAACUCAAGACCCUGUCGGUGUACUCCUCGCGGUCUAACUUUAAUGAAACCUUGAGAUGAUGAGGAAUAGAUUGAAGACUGAUGAUGCAUCUCCCUUCAUGAUGGUGCAUCUUCUAUUUCAUACCCCUCAAUGAGUCAAUGCCCACAGGGCCACAAUGCAUAUGCAAUGACAUCACUAUUAAGAGACUUGUUUAUGUUUUUGUGAUUCAAUAUGUUCUUAUGUAGAGCUUUAAUUUAUUUGUAUGAACUUCAUUCACACAUGUUGGAGAAUUUGCCAUUGUUGCAGUAGGGAUUUAAGAGUGUAAAAGAAAAAAAAAACAACUCAAGUCUCUUUCAGUUUUUAUUUAUUCAUUAUUAAUUGGGGGUGGGGGUAGGUUGGAAUUGGGAGUUGAGAGUCCAAAUUCAAACAAGGUCUCC